AUGGCCCCUUCUCUUCACCCAUUGAUCGACAACGGUCUCACCAAGGGAGAUCCCAACUUCGCCGGUGGAAAGCUCCGUUGCCAUUGCAAGAGUAACCCCGUGGAAGUCACACUCGGAGGCAACGUUGCUCACAACCACGCAUGCGGAUGCUCAAAGUGCUGGAAGCCCGCUGGCGCCCUUUUCUCAGUUGUCGGUGUUAUUUCAAGAGACCAACUUAAGGUCACUGCCAACGAAAGCAAGCUGCACGUUGUCGACGACUCGGCAGUCAUUCUCCGAAACGCAUGCAAGGAGUGCGGGGUUCACCUAUUCGGACGUAUCGAAAAGGCACACCCCUUCAAGGGUCUGGACUUUGUGCACGCUGAACUCUCGGAUGAGAAGGGAUGGCAGGAGCCCCAGUUCGCCGCCUUUGUUUCCUCAAUCAUUGAGCAAGGCUUCCACCCCAAGGGCAUCGAUGAAGUCCGCAACAAGUUCAAGUCUGUUGGCUUGGAGACAUAUGACGCCUUGUCGCCUGCGUUGAUGGAUCUCAUCGCGACUUGGACUGCACAGCAGUCCGGUCGUCUCCCGACCAAGCUUUAA